AUGUGUACCUCAAACCUACGUAACUGGCCGAUUCUCAGUUCACUGAAGACUGACAUCGUCUCGCAAAUUCACAUGGUUAUGAUUUACGGUGAAUUGGGUAAUGAGGUCUUAUUCGUGACGAAGGAUAAGAUGGUAUAUGCGUUAGGCAAUAACGAAAGCGGUUGUUUGGGGACUGGGGACAAUAGGAAUGGUUACUUAUAUCCUGCGAAGAUCAAGGCUCUGUGCGAGAAAGAUAUAAAGACGUUUGCAUGUGGUAGCGGACCUAAUGUUCUAGCACUGACAAAAGAUGGAAAGAUAUAUUCCUGGGGUGGCAAUGAAUGGGGCGAAUUAGGGACAGGAUCGUAUGAUCUGGUUGACACGCCAACUUUAAUAAACAUGCCUACUCUGGAAGAUGAUAUGGACACAAUGCAUGUUGUGGAUAUUGCAUGUGGGAGUCACCAUUCCGUAGCUUUGACUGAGUCUGGCAAGGUAUAUACUUGGGGAAUAACUAAAUAUAAAAUAAAGAAACAGAAUAGAAGUAUUUCCAAUGGUGAGGAUAUAGUGAGUACACCUAUGCAAGUUAAAUCCAUCUUAUCUACAAAGAAGAUUGUUCACAUUUCCUGUGGUAUGACCUUUACCAUGGCAGUUACUGAUAAUGGUGAAGUGUAUAGUUGGGGCAAUAAUGAUGUUAGUCAGCUGGGGAUAAACAACAGUGUCGACCAAACGACACCAUGGCAAGUCAUUUCACUCAGAAAUGUUGUAAUAGCUAAAGUAGCUUGUGGAUUCGAGCACACACUAGCGCUCACUGAUGAAGGAGAUCUCUAUGCUUGGGGUGGUAAUAAUUACGGUCAGUUAGGGAUCGGCAAACGGACGGAUUGCAAACCAGUUAAGGUCGAGCACGAAAUGGGAAGAGUGUCCGAUAUUGCUGCUGUGUACUGCAAAGAUAUAAGCAUUGCCGUUAAUCAGAAAGGAUGUGUCUAUGUUUGGGGUAAUUGUUAUGGUCUAAGCGUCAUGAACCCAAUCGCCACUUUAUUCUCGGAUGUGCACGACGCGCUUGCAUGCUACACUUCGCCAAGCGUUAUGCACAAACCGUUGAUCUUAGACUCGAAUGAAGAGCUGGGUAUAUUGAAGUACCUUAGAAAUGCUUUUGAUGAUUCCUCAACGAGCGAUUUUAAAAUACAAGUGGAGGACCAAUAUAUCUAUGUGCACAAAGCAGUCUUGUCGAUCCGCUGUUCGUACUUUAGAACCAUGUUUCAGCAAGAAUGGGCCAAUAAAGAUACUAUCAAGCUUGAUCAAUUUUCCUACGUUGUUUACGGAGCCUUUCUGAAGUAUUUAUACACUGACAUGGUCGAUUUACCUUGGGAGAAGAUGUUAGAUCUUUUGACCCUGGCUAACACUUACUGUGAUAAUAAUCUCAAGAUGCAUUGUAUUCGGAUGAUAAAGCAAAAAAUUACCGUGUUGAAUGUCGUCUACUUGUACAGCAUUGCAAUUAAAGACAAAGAAGAGGACUUAGAGGAAUUCUGCUUUAAAUUCGCUAUGAAUCACUUAACGACUGUGGUACAAACAGAAUAUUUUGACAAAUUGGAUGAGACUGUCUUAAAAACUUUUAUAAUUAAGGCAGCCAUAGCUGGGGGUUUUAGAACGUAAUUCGCCUAUGUUUCAAGAAUAAUACAUGUUUAU